CCGGGCAGAUGACGCCGGGUAAAGCCGGCUCGGAGCCUGCCCAGCCCCGCCGCAGCCCCAGCGCGGUGACCGCGCAGUCGGGUCGGGCGGGCUCCGGCAGCAGGGCGGGAUGGACGUGGCCGUGGACUUGUACCUGGCCGUCCCGCUGCUCUUCACCGUCCUGGCCCUCGUCCUCGCCUCCGUCUUCGUGAGGCUGCGGGGAGCCGAGGGGGAGCGGGCGGCGGCGGAGCGGCCCCGGGAGCCGGCGGCGGCCGAACCGGCCCGGGAGAGCGGUCCCGGGGACCGAGCGGCGGCGGGAGCGGAGCCGGAGGCCGGGAGGGACCGGCUGCCUGUGGAGGAGGUCGGGGCUGUAGAGGAGGGGAAGGAGGCGGCUGCCGAGCAGCGGGAGGAGGCGGCGGAGGAGCCGGGCCCCGCGGCCGAGCCCAGCCCUGCGGCGGCCGAGAGCAUCCCCCGGCAGCCGCCCGCCGAGCCCCGCGGGCCCGAGAGCGUCCCCCGGCAGCCGCCCGCCGAGCCCCGCGGGCCCGAGCCCCGGGAGGAUGCGGAGAGCAAGAUACCACCUUUGGGUGCCUCAGCCGGGUCCAGCCCUGGGCACAUGGGACAAGUGGAGGAUGCAGGAGACCACGCAGCACUUUCCAGCAAGGCAGAGGAGGAAGAUCUGGACUCAGAAAACGAGAAGCUGGUGGUGAGAGAGCCAGAGGAUGAGGAUGCUGCAGAUGAGACAUUCUCUUUUAAAUACAGUCCUGGAAAGCUGAGGGGAAACCAGUACAAGUCAAUGAUGACCAAAGAAGAACUCGAGGAAGAACAAAGGAUUGAGCUGACCUCUGAUCUCACAUCUCUGUAGCAAGUACCUUAGGUCCUCGGCCACAAAUAUUCUUGCAAAUCUUUUUGAACUGAAGACUAUAUGAAGUUGUCCCUAGCCUCCUCCUAAAGGCAUCCCUUGGCAUCUUUAAAGGCUUGAAAUACCAAAACCAACCAAACACACCCAUAAGAGAAAUCCAUAAACCCUCAAAACUUGGGAUCCCCUCUUGGUCCGAAGUUGAGUUCUUCAAAAACUUCCAUGCUGCCAAGCUUGAGGAGAUCCUGUUGUGUGGCUCCAGGGACUGGGGCUGGGCCCGAGCAGUGACUUGAGUUGUGUUUAGGGGACCGGGAUGAACCUUCUUCCCUGUCCCCAAAACAGAACCCAAAUUGGACACUAAAUAUGCAGCGAGUCUAUUAGUUGUAUUCAUUACUACGUAUUAGGCCUGCUAUGAAAUCUGUGCUAUUCCUUUCUUGGGGUGGGUGAACCAUAGCUCUUCUCCCAGACCAGCCUAGACCUUAUCCCAGGUGAUGAAGUUGUUUCUUCCUGGGGCCAAACUCCUCUUUCUUGCUGGGGGGUGGCAACUGCCUAUGAUUUGUUGUACGAUGCUACUUUAUUCCAAGGGGGGGGAGGGACAAAUGGGAUCCAAGCAAGGGACGGCAGACGGUAGCUGGACUGACUCAAAUCUUGCUUCUGUAGUUAUUUUAGCUGAGAGCUGAUUCUGUAGGCAGACAGAAGACUCGAGAAGUGACAAAGAUUGAUAGUUUAGCUGUUCUGCUUGUGGUACAGGUUUAGGAGACCACACUUUGGCUGCUGCUAACAUCUGGAUUCACACUUUCCCCUACUCCAUUUCCCAAGACGAGAGACCUGAGGAGGUAGCUACAGCAUCAGGGGUUCCCUUUGACUCCAGAUGAGAUAGUGGGGGUCCUGGAAGAGACACCUUCCCCAUUCCCCUGCCUGCUUGCUGCUCCAGUGCCCUCUUCUUUUGCUAGCCCUGUGGCUUGCCCACUGGAGCCAGAGCUCAGCAUUGCUCCUCUGCUCUGCCGCAUGUAGAAGAUGAAUUUGGCCGGGCGCGUGUAUCAGCUUCAGGCAUUGCAGGUUCCAAAUCAAACCCAGCUGGUUUGUGAGGGUGAGACGAGGGUCUGAGUCCUCUCUAGUGAUGCUGUAAAACACCAGGCUGGGGGGGCAUGUGUCCUUCAACAUUUCUCUUUCACUGCCGGACAGCUGCCUCUUGGCUAACGCUGCAAACAUAUCACAAACCCAAGAAGCUGCUUUUGUGUUUUCCUUUUCAAUUCCUAUGCAGACAAUACUUGAAACCUUGCACACAGUCCUCCUCUCCAGCGCCUGGGGUUGGCACACUCUUCAUAAAAGGGCUCAUUUAAAGAACAGCAGGAGGCUUCAGCUUUAGAAGAGGCUGCUCCUUCCCAGCCGACAACUGCAAGCGUGUCCAGGGCUUUGCAUAUGAAUUUAGGCACAUCUGGACCCUCUGCUUCACCAUCUUGCUGGUCCAGCCACUGUCUCCCCUCGGUGCUGGCUGACUCUGUGUCCUGAGCACUCAACUAUGCAAAGAAUGCCUUAUAUAUGUUGUGUUUAAGUUACAUGGCAAUAUGUACAUCGAGCAAAGUCUAUAGUUGAGUCCAGAGUUUUGCUAGUGGCAGCGAGUCAGACGAUUUCCUCAGCUCAAAAGGCUGUCUGGGUGUUUUUUACUUGUGUUCAUUUUGUUUGUUUUGUAUCUGAUGGUGGCUCUUACACAAAGGACUGUCAUUCUAGUGGCUUGAAUCUGUAAAAAUUGCCUUUGUUUGGUCCAAUAAACCUUUGAAUAGUUUC